CUGCAGGUGGUGGCGGCGGGCGGCAGGGACGCGGGCGCGGCGCUCUAUGUCUUCUCCGAGUACAACCGGUAUCUCUUCAACUGCGGGGAAGGAGUCCAGCGACUCAUGCAGGAGCACAAGCUGAAGGUGUCUCGUUUGGACAACAUAUUCCUGACCCGAAUGCACUGGAGUAACGUUGGGGGAUUGUGUGGAAUGAUUCUUACUCUAAAGGAAACCGGGCUCCCAAAGUGUGUGCUUUCCGGACCUCCACAACUGGAAAAAUACCUAGAAGCUAUCAAAAUAUUUUCUGGUCCAUUGAAAGGAAUAGACCUGGCUGUGCGGCCCCACUCCGCACCCGAAUAUAAGGAUGAGACCAUGACGGUGUUCCAGGUCCCCAUAUACAGUGAAGAGAAGUGUGGAAAUCACCAGCCAGCACAGAGUCCAGACAGGCGCAGUCCAGAGCAGUCUUCCGACUCUGCAUCCUCUGAAAACGAGCAGCGCUUGCCAGAUGGUGUCAGCCAGAGAAGGGGUGGCAGGGACCCCUCCUUGGUCGUAGCUUUCAUCUGUAAGCUUCACCUGAAGAAAGGAAACUUCCUGGUGCUCAGAGCCAAGGAGCUGGGCCUCCCAGUGGGCACAGCUGCCAUCGCUCCCAUCAUUUCUGCCGUCAAGGAUGGGAAAAGUGUCACUUUUGAGGGAAGAGAGAUUUUGGCUGAAGAGAUCUGUACUCCCCCGGACCCCGGGCUCGCUUUUGUUGUGGUCGAGUGUCCAGACGAAGGAUUCAUUCAACCCAUCUGUGAGAACGCUGCCUUCCAGAGGUUCCAAGGAAGUGCCGAUGCCCCCGUGGCCCUGGUGGCUCACCUGGCCCCGGAGAGUGUGCUUGCGGAUGGCAGGUACCAGCAGUGGAUGGAGAGGUUUGGGCCUGACACCCAGCACCUCAUCCUGAAUGAGAAGUGUACGUCCGUUCACAACCUCCGGAGCCACAAGAUCCAGACACAGCUCAACCUCAUCCACCCUGACAUCUUCCCCCCGCUCGCCAGCCUCCACUGUAAGGAGGAAGGCGCCGCCUUCUCUGUGCCCACGGUCCGUGCCGAAUGUCUCCUCAAGUACCAGCUCCGGCCCCGGAGGGAGUGGCAGAGGGAUGCACUUCUAACUUGCAAUCCUGAUGAAUUCAUAGCCGAGGCUCUGGAGCUCCCCAAUUUCCAAGAGAGUGUGCAGGAGUAUAAGGAGAUGGCACAGAACAGCCCAGCCUCAGCCGAGAAAAAAGGCCAAUAUCCAGAAAUCAUCUUCCUGGGAACAGGGUCCGCCAUCCCCAUGAAGAUUCGAAAUGUCAGCGCCACGCUCGUCAACCUCAGCUCCGACAAGUCCCUGCUGCUGGACUGUGGGGAAGGUACGUUUGGGCAGCUGUGUCGUCACUACGGCGAUGAGGUGGACAGGGUCUUGGGCAGCCUUGCUGCUGUGUUCGUGUCCCACCUGCAUGCGGAUCACCACACGGGCUUGUUAAAUAUCUUGCUGCAGAGAGAACGCGCUUUGGCAUCGCUCGGAAAGCCCUUCUAUCCUUUGCUGGUGGUUGCCCCAACCCAGCUCCGGGCCUGGCUCCAGCAGUACCACAACCAGUGCCAGCUGCUCCUGCACCACGUCAGUGUGAUCCCUGCCAAAUGCCUUCAGAAAGGAGCUGAGGUCUCCAGUCCCACACUUGAGAGCUGGAUUGGCUCACUGCUGAGAGCCUGUGAUCUGGAGGAGUUUCAGGUCUGCCAGGUCCGGCACUGCAAGCAUGCUUAUGGCUGUGCGCUGGUCCACACGUCCGGCUGGAAGCUGGUCUACUCCGGGGACACCAUGCCCUGCGAGGCUCUGGUCCAGAUGGGUGAGCUGGAAGACGGUCUGGAGGUGGAAGCCGUGGAAAAGACACACAGCACCACCUCGCAGGCGAUCGGUGUGGGAAUGCGCAUGAACGCCAGGUUCAUCAUGCUGAACCACUUCAGCCAGCGCUACGCCAAGAUCCCCCUCUUCAGCCCGGACUUCAACGAGAAAGUCGGCAUCGCCUUUGACCACAUGAAGGUGCGGCUCGGAGACCUCUCCACGGUGCCCCGGCUGAUGGCCCCGCUGAAAGCGCUGUUUGCUGGUGACCUUGGGGAGAUGGAGGAGCGCCGGGAGAAGCGGGAGCUGCGGCUGGUGCGGGCGGCCCUGCUCUCCCAGGUGCAGGCGGGCGGGCCGGACAGUGAGCCCCCGCGGAAACGGGCCCAUACCGAGGGGCCUGCCAGCCCACAGAGGAAGGUCAGGGCAGAAUGAAGGCCAGGAGCGGCCCUGACCUUGGAAGGCUCACGCCCCACCCCGGCAGGGUCCCGAGUGCGCCCUCUGCCUGGUGGGAGCCGAGGGUGCUGUGGAACGGGCGGCACACGGGAACGGCGGUGGGAGCUGGGCCUUGGCUUGGGCUCCAGGUGAGGACUGCGUGCUGGACGUGUUACGAAUGUGCCUGGCGGAGCCGUGGACAGGGGGCUGCGAGGAAAGAAACGGAAUUCGGUGCCAGUGACUUAAGUCACGUAGAAGAACGCAUACCAGGCCUGUUCCUGCCAAGCCGUGCCCUCCGCACACCAGAGACAGGCCGUCAGGGAACACGGGUCGUGGAUGUGACGUCUCAGUGCCCAAGGCUCCAGGCUCAAGGAGUAGUGUUUCCAGAGCCCAGAACUCAAUAAAGAUUCCUGCGGAACAAGUGCUUUGCCUGGUCCUGGUGCCGCCUCCACAGGAGCCUCCCAGGCGGUGCCGCCUGCGCAGGCCCCAGCGUGUCCCGGAGGCCAGCUCUGAGGCGGGAGGACCACGCCUGUCCCGGGAGGCACACAGUGGCCGGGUUCUGCCGAGUCAGCUGUGCAGGCUGCCAACGGGGCCUGGUUUCAUGCACCAGUCGAAUGGCUGGGCCCACGCGGCGCCUCCGAACAUAGCCUCCCGCAGUGCUGGGAGCGGCGAGACGGUAGUCGGCUUUCCCUGGCGCAGUGAGAACGGGAAUCCCUCGUUGCCCUUCAGCGUAUUACGAAGUAGCAUGUCAGGCUGGCUCCCCUGCCCCCUUAUGCGCUUGAACAGCACUGAGGUUAGUGCCUGAAGACGGAGUUUUUAAAGCUAAGUCCAGUAUUUAUUUGUAUAUUCUCCUACCGAGGAGAAGACAGAAAUGCUUUAAAAACUCCGGUGAUGAGAGGGAGGCAGGCGGAGGCCUCGGCAGCACCUCCCCAGGCAGCACCUGUCACUGAGUCCCGUGUCCCCACACGCUCCGUAACUUAAACAACGAAAGGCCAUGCUCAGGGAUAAUAAAUCUAUUUUAAUAAGAUUACUUUUGACAACUAUUUGUACAUGUAUUUAAAGGUGCUUUCAGCCCCCGGGCUCCAUUGCAAAUUGGGUACCAAACCGCCCUCGCCAGGAAGUGAGCAAAGCUGGUAGCAUCCCAAGUCUGCCUACCCCACGGUCAGAGGAGGGCUAUUUUACACUGUGCUGGGAGAAGGAAUACGCACUUAAACUUCGCAUCGUACACCUGUACACUGGCUUAGAUUGAAUGGCUCAAAUUAAACAAA